AUGAACCAGACACUUAGCCCAUGUAUCUACGACGGUGUCGAUCCUAACUUACUCACCCAAGACAAGUCUACGUACCCUGUCUAUAACACGUGUGAGGUGACGGCGGAGAGGCUUUCCGACCAGGAUGUGGGCGAUAUCUCCUGGGCAAUCGAUCUCGACGCCGACUUAGAAGACACCGAACCUACUCAACAGGACGAUGCUCGUACUCUUACUGUCGGAUCGACCCAUUUUCCCGACCAAUCGCCUUUGACAACUGGCGAAACUCACGGAAACGCUUCAAAUGUCAUACCCCAGGUCUUCCUAGAACACAUUCAAAACUUGACUGUGAAUCCUAUGGGUACCGGAAGUCAUUUCGAUCCAGGAGAGUUGACUGGUGAGGCUUUCCCCCAUAAGCUUUGUCUUCCAUCACGCAAAGUGUCGAUGCAAGCUCCGAUCGCUCCUGUGACCGAGAUUGUAUAUUAUGAACCUGAAGCCAAUUCCCAAGCAAGUGUCUACGUCGACGGUACGCAAAACGGGGCCAUGAUGUCUUCUUAUCCAGCUUUCGUCCCGCCCACCAGUCUUGGAAGGGCAGUCGAACCGAUAUCGUAUCAAUCUACAACUGGUGCGUAUGACUCUUCACAGGUGUCGCCAGAAGGAGAAGAUAUGAGACCGGGGAUAGAAGGCACUUACAUCAGUCCCCAAGAAUAUCGAAGAAGAGUUCAUGAACAAUCGACAUUGAUCAGAUCCACUUUUGAAAACCUACGGAAUGAUUUGAGUAAGGGGAACCCUACGCUAGAAAGCAUGAGGAUGAUGGAGAGUUAUCUAGGUGGGCUAGAUAAUCUGACGGAAUGGACGAGCCAAAAUAAUUAG